AUGAGGUUGACCAGCUUCCUGUCGUGUCUGCUCGUUCAGAGCUUGGCUGUGAAUGUAGUUUCGAGCAAACAAUGGCCGUUGCACGAUGAUGGCCUUAAUAAGGUCGUCGAAUGGGACCAUUACAGUUUCAAAAUCAAUGGAGAGCGGUUAUUCAUUUGGUCUGGGGAGAUGCACUACUGGAGAGCCCCAGUUCCCGAGAUGUGGAUUGACAUUCUUCAAAAAGUGAAGGCAGCUGGCUUCAACACAAUUAGCUUCUACGGAAACUGGGGAUACCACAAUGCAAAGAACGGAUCCCUGGACUUUGAGAAUGGUGCGCACAACUUUGAACGCCUCUUCGAGAUUGCAAAGGAGGUUGGCCUGUACGUCCUCUUCCGCCCCGGACCAUACGUCAACGCCGAAGCUACUGCUGGCGGCUUUCCAGGAUGGGUUACGACUGGUGCAUACGGUGAGCUGCGCAACAAUGACACUCGGUACACCGAUGCUUGGACGCCAUACAUGGACCGGAUGUCACAGAUAAUUGCCAAGCACCAAGUCACCAACGGCGGUAAUGUUUUCAUCUACCAAAUCGAAAAUGAAUUCGGAAACCAAUGGCUCGACCGCGUGAAGAAAAUUCCUGAUCUCGUGGCCAUCGAUUAUAUGGAACUCAUGGAGUCAUCUGCAAGAAGGAACGGAAUCGAUGUCCCCCUCAUUCACAACAACCCAAACAUGAACACCAAGUCGUGGUCCAAGGAUUAUAGCAACGAGGGAGGGAAUGUGGAUAUUUAUUCCGCGGAUCAUUACCCUUCAUGCUGGAGCUGUGACUUAACGGAGUGCACUGGGACCAAUGGCAAUGUCCCCGACUUCACCACGUUUGAAUACUACACAUCGUUCCAAGAUGUCGCUCCAACGCAGCCAUCUUUCUUGGCUGAGUUUCAAGGCGGGAGCUACUUGCCCUGGGGAGGCCCUGAAGGAGGCUGUGUGAAUAACACUGGCCCUGAUUGGGUUAAUGUCUUCUAUAGACACAAUGUCGCCCAAAAGAUUACAGCUGUGAAUGUGUACAUGGCGUUUGGAGGAACUACCGGAAUCCCCUUCCCAGGUGUUGGAACCAGUUAUGACUACAGCGCGCCUAUUAGCGAGACUAGAUUCGUUGGUGACAAGUAUUCCGAGACGAAGCUAUUUGCACAAUUCCUUCGUGUCGCCAGAGACCUGACGAAGGUCGACCGCGUCAACAAUGGCACGACAUAUGCCUCGAACUCAGCCAUUAUGACAACAGAGCUUCGCAACCCCGACACUAAUGCAGCUUUCUAUGUUACUGCUCACGCAUUCUCGCCAUCGACCGAUCGAAGCCCUUUCAAGCUGGAUGUCUCCACAUCAGCAGGUAGAUUGACUAUCCCCCAGAAUGGCGGCAAUAUUGUCCUCAAUGGCCGAGAAUCGAAGAUUAUCGUCACCGAUUUCAGCGUCGGGCGUGAGAAGCUUAUUUAUUCUACGGCAGAGGUUUUGACUGUUUCAAUCCAAGACGGCAAGCCAGUUGUUUUCCUCUGGUUACCAGCUGGCGAAAGUGGAGAGUUCCUCUUAGACUGUAUAAGGAUACCUUUGGUUCUGAAGAAGGACGGCUGCUCCAAUAUCAAGUUCAAGCAAGGUCGCAAGGGAUUCGUUACCUCUUAUACUCAGUCCAAGGGAUCUUGUGUUCUGCAAUUCGAAACUGGCAUUCGGUUUGUCCUUCUUGAUAGGUCUGCUGCUUACGAUACUUGGGUGCCCAGCUUGUCAAACAACCCGUUUACCUACGAGAAUACAACAGUCGUCGUCCAGGGCCCAUAUCUUGUGCGAAAUGUAGCCAUUGAAAAGAAGACAAUUGACAUUUCUGGAGACUGGUCUGAGAAGACCGACCUCGAAGUGUUUGCCCCGAAAGCAGUUAACUCAAUCACAUUCAAUGGAAAGAAGGUCCAGACCAGAAAAACUUUAUAUGGCAGUCUUAUCGGAACUCUAAAGGCUUCGACGCAUUCCGUUGACUCGGUGAAAUCCAGUCUUCCUGCACUUACAAGCUGGAAAGUUAACGAUGGCCUGCCAGAGAGGAAGGCGGCCUACGAUGACUCGAAGUGGACAGAUGCGGACCAUACGACAACCCAAAACCCGACCGCUCCCGCAACAUAUCCUGUUCUUUACUCGGAUGAAUACGGGUUCCAUCAUGGCAACCUUCUCUGGCGUGGUAGAUUCUCAGGAGCUGCCACUGGUGUUUACCUUGACGUUAUCGGCGGAGCAUUUAGCGGAUGGAGCGCGUAUCUGAAUGACAAGUAUAUCGGUUCCUGGGUCGGCAACAAAGACUCCAACGGCGCCCUCGAACUCUCCUUCGCCAACGCAACUCUCAACACCGACUCCGAAAACGUCCUCUUCGUCAUCCAAGACCACAUGGGCAAAGACCUGAGAGGCGGCGCAACCAUCGCACGUGGAAUCUACAACGCAACUCUCGUCGGGGGAGGCAAAUUCUCGUCUUGGAAACUCACUGGAACUGCAGGCGGAGAAGAUAACAUCGAUCCUGUGCGUGGGGUAUAUGCCGAGGGUGGCCUGCACGCUGAACGUCUGGGAUGGCAUUUACCCGGCUUCAAUGACGCGGCUUGGAAGAAGGGUACACCGGAUACGGGACUCAGCACCGAUGGAGCCAACUUCUACCGUACAGUCGUGCCCCUUGAUAUUCCGAAGGGCAUCGAUGUGUCUCUUGGUCUUAAGCUCAGCUCGCCGACUGGAUUGCAUUUGCGUGCACAGGUUUAUGUGAACGGUUAUAUGUUUGGAAAGUACAUCCCACAUAUCGGCAAUCAGAUCACGUUUCCAGUCUUCCCAGGAAUUUUGGAUUACCACGGCGACAACACAAUUGCCGUCAGUCUCUGGGCCCAGGAUGCCGCAGGCGCAAGCCUGACUGUUGAUUGGACUGUACUUGGUGUCGUUGAGUCCGCGUUCGAUCCGGGCUUUGAGGCGGACUAUUUGCGUCCAGGAUGGACUGAUAAUAGGUCGGACUACUAUUGAUCUGGGCAUACGGCUAGAUUUCCGCCGCUGGAAGAGAUCUACAAUAUCUGGAAGUGAUACAUUCGAUUCUUGGGUGGCUUAAUGCAUUUACGAAAAGUUUUAGAACUAUAACGAAGUUUAUCUGUGUUGGGCAGUCUCCGCUCUGAUUUUAUUUUAUUUCCGAAG